AUGCUAUAUUUAAUUGGGUUAGGGUUGUCCUACAAAUCAGAUAUUACUGUUCGUGGUUUAGAAGCCAUUAAGAAAUGUUCUAGAGUGUAUUUGGAACAUUACACAAGUAUCCUUAUGGCGGCCACCCAGGAAGAACUAGAAGAAUACUAUGGUAAGGCUGUCAUCUUGGCUGACAGAGAAUUGGUGGAAACUGGAUCUGCUGACAUUCUCCGCAAUGCUGAUAAGGAGGACGUCGCAUUCCUUGUCGUUGGUGACCCAUUUGGUGCUACAACCCAUACUGAUCUAGUUUUGAGAGCUAAACGUGAGAAGAUUCCUGUGGAGGUCGUGCACAAUGCCUCAGUAAUGAAUGCUGUCGGAUCAUGUGGGUUGCAAUUAUAUACUUUUGGCCAAACUGUUUCUAUGGUUUUCUUUACUGAGAAUUGGAGACCUGAUUCAUGGUAUGAUAAAAUUUGGGAAAAUAGAAAAAUUGGGUUGCACACUUUGGUUCUUCUAGAUAUUAAAGUUAAAGAGCAGAGUAUCGAGAACAUGGCUAGAGGGAGAUUGAUUUAUGAACCGCCACGUUAUAUGUCCAUUUCCCAAUGUUGUGAACAAUUGUUAGAAAUUGAAGAAACAAAGGGUUCUAAGGCUUAUACACCCGAUACUCCUGUUGUAGCCAUUAGCAGGUUGGGUUCAGCUACUCAAUCCUUUAAGGUUGGUACCAUUAAAGAAUUAUCUGAAUAUGAUGCUGGCGAACCUUUGCAUUCAUUGAUUAUCCUAGGUAGACAGUGUCAUGAAUUAGAACUAGAAUAUUUGUUAGAAUUCACCGAUAAUAAGGAAAAGUUCAAGCAAGAUGUUAUCGCUGAUCAAGAAUAUUUUAAGCCACCUGCAUGGGUCCCAUCUGCUGAAGAAGAUAAUGACGAUGAGUAA